AUGCACGGUAAGAUUCCUGGGCCAGCAAAGAGUAGGGCCUCUGGUAAGAAUAAGAAGAAUGCCAGCAAGAAAGCGAAUAAUAAAGCUAUUAACCCAUUCAAGAAGAGGAAUAAUGAUAAGGAGAACACUAUAACUUUCCAAGAGGUUGCAGAAGAAGAUAUCGAGGACGAUGAAUUUGAUAGGUUUAAGCAUCAAUCAAAUAAAAAUUUAAAGACUAGAGCAAAUGAGCUUUUGAAUGUUAGGAAAACUCUGCCGGUUUUUAAAAAUAAAGAUGAAAUUAUGAAAUAUAUUAAUAAAAAUCAAGUAACUGUCUUGAUUGGUGAAACAGGUUCUGGUAAAUCUACUCAAAUUCCACAAUUCUUAUUAGAUGAAUUGUAUAAAAAUAAAAAAAUUCAUGGUUCAAUUGCUGUUACACAACCUCGUAGAGUGGCUGCUGUCAAUCUAGCGACUCGUGUCUCACAAGAGCAUGGUUGUAACGUCGGUGACCAAGUAGGUUAUUCUGUCAGAUUCGAUAAUUCUACCAGUAACAAAACAAGACUUAAAUAUCUAACUGAUGGUAUGUUGCUGAGAGAAUUAAUGAUGGAUAAAGAAUUAAAAGAAUACAAUACCGUUAUUAUCGAUGAAGCUCAUGAAAGAACCGUAUUAACAGAUUUGAUCUUAGGUUUUUUAAAAUAUUUGUUGAAUGGCAAAAGGAAAGAUCUAAAGGUGAUAGUAAUGUCUGCUACUUUACAAGCUGAUAAAUUUAGCUCCUUCUUCGACAAUGCCCCAAUUCUAUUCGUUGAAGGUCGUAAAUUCAAUGUAUCACAAUAUUAUUUAAAAGCACCUUGUGAUGAUAUUGUAGAUGCAGUCAUAAGAUGUUGUGUACAAAUAAAUCUAAGGGAAGCUACUGGUGACGUAUUAUGCUUCUUGCCAGGUCAAGAAGAAAUUGAUAAAGCUGUGACUAUUAUUAAUAAAAUAGCAGAAGAAAUUCAAAAGGAAAAUUCAGUCCCAUUGAUGAUUGCGUCCCCAUUAUAUGCAGCUUUAUCUCCAAGUCAACAAGCUCAAGUAUUCUUACCAUUAAAAGGUUUUAAGAGGAAAAUUAUCUUUAGUACAAAUAUUGCAGAAACUUCCGUUACUGUGUCAGGUGUUAGAUAUGUUGUUGAUUCUGGUUUACGUAAGGUCAAAGUAUGGAGACAUCAAUUGGGUUUAGCAACUUUAUUAACUGUCCCAAUUUCUCAGGCAAGUGCAAUGCAAAGAAGUGGUAGAGCUGGUAGAGAGGAUGAAGGUAAGUCGUUUAGAUUAUAUUGUGAACAAGAUUUUUCAAAAUUACCGACACAAACAGAACCUGAAAUAGCUAGAAGUGAUAUAACCUCACCAGUUUUACUCUUAAAAAAAGUUGGUAUUGACGACAUUUUAAAUUGGACUUGGUUUGAAAAGCCUGGCAAAGACGAAUUAGUUACAGGGCUACAAGAAUUAUACCAACUGGGUGCUUUAAGCGACAGUGGUAAAAUAACCAAUCGUGGUAAUCAAAUGGCAUUAUUGCCCUUGCAACCACAUCUAAGUUCCGUAUUGAUUAAAGCUUCUGAAAUGGGUUGUUUAUCUCAGGUCAUUGAUAUUGUAUCAUGCUUAAGUGUUGAAAACUUGUUGUUAAACCCACAGCCUGAAGAAAGAGACGUAGUUAAUGAACGUAGAUACUCUCUAUGUAUUUACGGUAGAAGAUUUGGUGAUUUGAUUAUGUUAAAAGAAUUGUUUGACGUUUAUUUCUACGAGUUGAAUAAACAAAACCAUGCCAGUGGGGAAAAAAGUGAAUGGUGUAAGCAGCUUUGUAUUUCAUAUCGUGGGUUCAAAAAUGUCGUAAAAGUUAGAGAACAAAUAAGACUGUAUUGUAAGAAACUAUUUGACACAAACCAAAAUGGAUAUGAUGACGAAACUGAUAAUAAAUUGAAAGGUAAUGAAGAAGAAAUACAUAGUAUUUUAAAAUGUUUCUUAACUGGGUUUUCUAAAAACACUGCUAUCGGUAUGCCUGACAGGUCUUAUAGAACAGUUACCACUGGUGAAACUAUCAGCGUUCAUCCAUCUUCAAUGCUAUUUUUAAAUAAACACUGUCCUGGUAUCAUGUACACUGAAUAUGUUUUCACCACCAAAGGUUAUGCACGGAACGUUAGUAGAAUUGAACUUUCUUGGUUACAAGAGGCAGUUGGUAACAACAUAUCUGCUGUAGGAAAAACAAAAAUUCUUUAA